AUUAUAUUGCCAAAAGUAUUGCGACACCCCUCCAAAUCAUUGGAUUCUGGUGUUCUAAUCACCUCUAUGGCCACAGGUGUAUACAAUCAAGCACUUAGGCAUGCAGACUGCUGCUACAAACAUUUUUGAAAGAAUAGGUCGCUCUCAGGAGCUCAGUGAAUUCAAGUAUGGUACCGUGAUAGGUUGCCACCUGUGCAAUAAGUCCAUCCAUGAAAUUUCCUUGCUACUAAAUAUUCCACGGGCAACUGUUAGUGGUAUUAUAACAAAGUGGAAUCAACUGAGAACCACAGCAACUCAGCCGCAAAGUGGUAGGCCACAUAAUAUGACAGAGUGGGGUCAGCACAUGCUGAAGCGCACAGUGCGCAGAAGUCACCAACUGUCUGCAGAGUUAAUAGCUAAAGACCUCCAAACUUCAUGUGGCCUUCAGACUAGCACAACAACAGUGUAUAGAGAGUUUCAUGGAACGGGUUUCCUUGGCUCAGCAUCUGCAUCCAAGCCUUACAGCACCAAUGCAAUGCAAAGCGCCGGAUGCAGUCGUGUAAAGCAUGCCGCCACUGGACUCAAGAGCAGUGAGACAUGUUCUCUGGAGUGACGAAUCACGCUUCUCUCUCUGGCAAUCCGAUAGAUGUUUCUGGGUUUGGUGGUUGCCAGGAGAACAGUACCUGUCUGACUGCAUUGUGCCAAGUGUAAAG